AUGAGUUCUCAAAUUACUGGUACACAAAUUACUCCCGGUCCGUCAAAUAGUUCUGGCAAGAAGCGAAGGCUUGACGAAGAAACUCAAACAGAAGAUGAUCAAAACAAUCCCCCUGCGCACACGGAUUCAGAUGAUGAGGAAAGCUCUGAUGGCGACCUUACACAACAAGAUCUCCUGGAUCGUAAAAGAAAGAGAGCCGCAAAGUUGAAAGUUUCUGCUGAGAUUAGACACCGGGAUGAAGGAAUUGGGAAGAUAGCGGGGGCCCACUUGGUGCCGAAAGCGGCGACACCUCUGGCAAGGGCUAUCCAGGAAUUCACUCGCAUGCUAAUGGGCAUUCCGCGCAAAUCAAGGGGCACUUCAGCUUUGGAAAAUGCUGGAGUUCCAAAACUUCCUGACCCUCCGUCCGACGAGGAGCGCAACGCCUGGCUUAAUCGAAAGCAAGUUCGAGAAACUUAUAUCCGCGAAUCACAGGACAAAGCAAUGGAACAAUACAUUAAAAAGAAAGGCCCUGAUUUCAAACCGAACCGAAAACAAAAGAAGGCAAUUGAAAAGGAUGCAGCAGAAAUGGCAGCUCUCAAAAAACCAAUGCAGCCGGUCAUCUUCAAAUCACGCAUGUUAUCAAAUGCUCGAACAAGAUAUCCUCAUCACUUCAUAUCUCAAUGUGAAGCAACUUUAGCUAUGGCGGGUUUUCCCAGGUGCACCUUUGACUGGGGCGCACCAUACGAUUCUCCUUGGAACUCUGCAACCUGUACAAUCAUCUUAUCUCAUUGGGUCAAAGCCUACGAAGCGAACGGAGCAAAAGAUUUCGGUAUCCUUGUCAAGGAUAAUACCGCUGCAAACCGCGAAGAAGUCUCCGACGCUGGUACUCCAGCGGGUCAGAAGACCCUCGAAGAAAAGAUUGUCAAGACUCAAUCAAUCACAAACAAGAGACUCAACAAAACAAAGAUUUACGAAGCAAGGUUGGCUAAUGCUGCCAGAUUGUUUGGCCAAGACUUGGCCGAGUUUGAAAUGUUGUCUCAUCAUGACAUCCAUUCUGAUGAUGAACUCGUGACAACAAACUCUUGCGGCUCUCGUCAGAAGUUGCGACUCGAAUGGCGGAGUUCCGAGCUGGAUACUCUCAUUAGUCUGCUUGACCAGGCCCAUUGGAAGCGUAAAAGGAUUCCAAAAGAUAUCAGACAUGCGAAACAACUGGUCGAAAGGGGUGUAUACGCCCCCACCCCUGAUAAAGAUCGGUUCCCUCCAAAAGGGUUUCAACUAUCUCUCAUUUCGCCGGGCUGGUAUGACCUCCAAGACGGAUUGACGUUAGAGGAAUUGGAAUUGAAUGAGAAUCACCCUGUCAACAUCAGAAACGCUAUUCAAGAUGUGAUGAGGUCUUUCAGUUCUUGGGAUAGUUUAGCUGCCGAAGAAGCAGCGCAAAGUGAGUCAAGAUCCAUGGUAGGUUGA